GGAGCUUUGCAGCACUAUCAUAGAAGUCUAGGUGCCAGUGAUUAGAUCGCGGAUUAAAAUGGAGUUUCAAAAGUCGUAUAACUACCCCAAAUUUAAGUUUGGUGCCAAAUGCACCAAUAACUGCAUAUGCGACCGGAAGAGGGAAAAUGUUAUUGUUUGCAGUCGCUGCAAACAGACGUUUGUGGGUCGCAUUUCGCAACGCUGCCCAAAACAUCCAGAAGUGACUUUUCUAAUGGACGCCCGUCAAUGCGCUUUCUGUGGAGCUCAUGCUAAUUUCUUGCAGAUCUCCGAGACUUCAGAAAAGUAUCAAGUUCCACGCAAACCAAGUGGUUUUCGUUGACGAAAACUGCAGCGUUACGUGGAACGUCAUAAGGAAAUACAUAAACAUUAUGUAAAUCAAUAAAUUAAUAAAUAAACAAAGCUUUCUGUAA